UGGCUGCUGCAUUAGCUGCUGCCGCUGCUUUUAGGAGCAAGCGAGAGGCAGCAGCUCUGAAGCGGGCGGCGGGGCAGAUCCGACUGCAGCUGUGCGGGAUCACAGGCGCUGAUUAAUCCCUGCAAGCGGCCGCAGGAUUGCGAGAGGAGCGGAGUGCAUGCAGAGUUCAGGCUGCAGUCCGGCUGCGCACAAUGGAGGAGGAAAGCAUCAAACAGAGUUCCCAGUCACCUGAUGAAGCUGAAGAUAAGGAGAAGGACCAGCGCACGGUAACAGUCAAUCCUUCUCACAUGGGAAAGGCAUUCAAGGUCAUGAAUGAAUUACGGAGCAAGCGACUCCUCUGUGACGUGGUGAUUGUUGCCGAAGCCAUUGAGAUGGAAGCCCAUCGCGUUGUCCUAGCAGCCUGCAGCCCCUAUUUUUGUGCAAUGUUUACAGGAGACAUGACUGAAAGAAAAGCAAAGAAGAUUGAAAUAAAAGACGUUGAUGGGCAAACACUGAGUAAGCUGAUUGAUUACAUCUACACAGCUGAAAUAGAGGUCACAGAAGAGAACGUGCAGGUUUUGUUGCCAGCUGCCAGCUUAUUGCAAUUAAUGGAUGUUAGACAAAACUGCUGUGAUUUUCUCCAAUCCCAGCUGCACCCCACAAAUUGCCUUGGAAUUCGAGCCUUUGCGGAUGUGCACACCUGCACUGAACUUCUGCAGCAGGCAAAUGCCUAUGCAGAGCAGCACUUUCCCGAGGUGAUGCUAGGGGAAGAAUUCCUUAACCUUAGUCUGGACCAGGUUUGCAGUUUAAUAUCAAGUGACAAGCUCACUGUGUCUUCCGAAGAAAAGGUCUUUGAAGCUGUUAUAUCUUGGAUAAAUUAUGAGAGAGAGUCUCGCUUAGAACACAUGGCUGAACUGAUGGAGCAUGUUCGUCUGCCCCUUUUGCCCAGAGAUUAUCUUGUACAGACAGUUGAAGAAGAAGCUUUAAUCAAGAAUAACAACACGUGUAAAGACUUCCUUAUUGAGGCCAUGAAAUAUCACUUGCUUCCUCUGGAUCAAAGGCAAUUGAUAAAGAACCCUAGAACAAAACCAAGGACUCCAGUUAGCCUGCCAAAGGUAAUGAUUGUGGUUGGUGGGCAAGCGCCCAAAGCCAUCCGGAGCGUGGAGUGUUAUGAUUUUGAGGAGGAUCGGUGGGAGCAGGUAGCUGAGCUUCCGUCCCGGAGAUGCAGAGCAGGUGUGGUGUUUAUGGCAGGCAACAUUUAUGCAGUCGGGGGGUUUAACGGCUCUCUGAGAGUGCGAACUGUAGAUGUGUAUGACGGCGUGAAGGAUCAAUGGACGUCAAUUGCCAGCAUGCAGGAACGACGAAGCACUUUGGGGGCAGCGGUGCUGAAUGAACUCCUGUAUGCUGUGGGCGGAUUUGAUGGAAGCACUGGUCUGGCAUCAGUAGAAGCCUAUAGCUAUAAAACCAAUGAGUGGUUUUUUGUGGCUCCCAUGAACACAAGAAGAAGCAGUGUUGGAGUUGGAGUUGUGGAGGGUAAGCUGUAUGCUGUAGGGGGUUAUGAUGGAGCGUCACGUCAGUGCCUUAGUACUGUAGAGCAGUAUAAUCCGGCUACAAACGAAUGGACCUACGUUGCUGAUAUGAGCACUCGGCGCAGCGGUGCAGGCGUCGGUGUUCUCAGUGGACAGCUGUUUGCUACUGGAGGGCACGAUGGUCCCUUGGUGAGGAAGAGCGUGGAGGUUUAUGAUCCAGGAACAAACACCUGGAAACAAGUUGCAGACAUGAACAUGUGUAGAAGAAAUGCAGGUGUAUGUGCUGUAAAUGGGCUACUCUAUGUGGUUGGAGGAGAUGAUGGUUCUUGCAAUUUGGCCUCUGUAGAGUAUUAUAAUCCUGUCACUGAUAAAUGGACAUUACUGCCAACGAAUAUGAGCACUGGAAGAAGUUAUGCAGGUGUGGCUGUGAUUCAUAAACCAUUGUGACACCUACUCCAGCUAAUGCAAGGAGCAGCAGUGAAGUGAAUCUCAGUGGGUGUUCUCGAGGAGAUGCCUGACACCUGAUUUAAUCCAACUUAUUGCUGUUGAACUCCUAGUGUGGCAGGUGCUACAUUAAGAACUUCCCCUUCCGUGAAUAGUUCAGCAACGUGCCAAUUCCAAGGUGUUGCCUGUUGUCCUUGGUGCAAUCAAUUCUCUCUGAACAGCCGGUUUCCUGGGAUAAACAUUGUGCUUAAACUGAUACCAGAGAGACUGAAUUUCGUGUGUGAAACAAAAUGCUACUGUAGGGGAUGUGAGUAAAAACCAAUAUACUGAAUGUCUUCACUACUGAUCCUUUGUACACACCUUGAGUUAAGCUAUUUACUCACUGCUCCUGGAACUUACUACUGACAGUGGAAUCUUCUAACCACCAAUCAUCAGAAAUAUACUGGACCAGAGUGCUGGCUUGUGUUUGACACUGUCUCAGUCACAUGUAUGUAUGUCACUGGACAACUGUAUGUGUCCCUAGCGCACUUAUGGUAUGAUUGGAGAUGUACAUUGGGUGAUUGUUUUGCUAGUCACAUAGCUGCUUUUAUAUACAGGAUAGUAUGUGCUGGGCAGUGGCUUGCCCAGAGAAAGGUGAAUACCUCGCCACCCAAAGGUGGUUAAUCCCACAGAAACAUGCUGCUCUGGAGGGGCUUAUUGCUCCCAUAAAACAUGUACUGUUCGAACUAAAAAUCGAGGGAGAAAGUCAUACUCUGUGUCCUGCAUUUCAAGGCCAUUUUGGAACAGAGCAUUUAAACAUAAGGGUGUGUCUUACUGAGUCAUUGACACGUCUUGCCUGUAUCCAGCCAAAUAAUCCUCCCUGCCCCCCAGGAAGUGAUUAAAGACCAAGAUAAAUUGCCUACAGUGUCUUAAUGCUUCCAGAAGAGGGGAAUCGUAUUCUUCAGUGUGAUUGUUCUCAUUUUUAAAGUGUUUUCUGUGUUAAAUACUUUCUUCCAUCCAUACCAAGUAGUUAGCAGGAGCCUUUAUAAGAUCCUUCCAAGAAGGGAUUUUAAACAGUGAAAUGUGGGCUCUGCUGUGACUUUUAAUAAUCUCACUUGUACCAAAAUCCUGCCAGUUUGUUUUCCCUUUGAAAGGAUGGAGUCAGCUUGCAAAUUGUUUGUCUGACUCCCAGCAUACCCUGCUGCUGGGAGUCAUGAGACACUUCUGGGUAUCUGCUGUAGUUAAAAGUAACACCAAAGGGUCCUGAAAGAUAUUUGGGGGGCAGGGAGGGGGGAAUAAAAGGUUUCCUCCGAGGUUCUCUCCCUCCCCCAUCUCACAUAACUUUGUGCAUUUUACAGGACUUUUGAUAGUUAGCUUCACUGUUUUCCCUUAGAGCCAGUCAGAGCUUUCCUAUACAGGGAAAUAGACCUGCAAAAUUACAACAGUAUUAUUAUUCUGUCAUAGCUAUAACAGUAUAGCUCCCAAAGUAGACUCAGAGACUUGAAGGUCAGAAAGAACCAUCAUGAUCAUCUAGUCUGACCUCCGGCACAUUACCCACCCACUGACUGUAUUCCAGAAUAAAAGUGACUUUUUCUAGUGUAUCUUAUAUUGCUUCGGAGGCAGUUUAAGCUUACUGAAGUUACUUGCAUUACAGUAUUCUCUUUGAGAGUUAUACCACUACAGCUAUGUCGGAAUAUUUAUACCACUAUAAUUCUGUUGGUCAGUUUUCCCAUGUAGACAAGCCUUCAGUAUCUCCCUUGCUCUUAGAAACAUCGACAUGGGAGUAGAAAAACCCUUUAAAAUGGUUUUUAAAGAAUAUAAAAGUAGGUCACGAUGUGCUGAUUUUAAAGGGAGAUGGAUCAGGAAGGGGACUAUUUUAAAAUGCAGGGCUUGUCUGCAUGGCAAACUGGAAUAUAAAUCUACGCUGCAUUAGUUUGCCAUGCGCUAACUGGCUGUGACAACAAAGUGCACUAAGGAACUUCUAGUGCAUGGGAGCAGGGUCCAUAUGCCCAGCAGGCUAGUGCACUGUAGAUUUAUGCCCUGUCUUGUGCAAUAGGUCUCCAUGUAGAUGAGCCCAAGUAGACUUUAAAAAUGCACAAUGAUAGUGUCCCUUUAACCUGGAUGCCUGUGGCUCAGCCCCAUUGACUUCAGUGGGAGCACUGCGCAGGCAUCUGAGCGGUGCAUUUGAUCCUCUCUAGGGAAUGUUCAGUAAAAUCCACUCAUUCUGUGUUGUAAAGCGAAAAGUGAACUGCCCACUGGAAUGACAGUAUUGAUAUUAGAGAGACAAGGUGGGUGAGGUAAUACCAUUUAUUGGACCAACUUCUGUUGGUGAGAGAGACAAGCUUUUGAGCCUCACCGAGCUCUUCAGCUCUGGGAAAGGUACUCGGCGUGUCAGAGCUAUCAACAAGGUGGAACAGAUUGUUUAGCAUCAGUAAUUAGCACAUCUUCCCAACCACUACAACUACACUGCAUACAAUAUUGAUACUGGCAGCUGGGGGGUUUUGGGUCAGGUAAGGGGGUUCUAGAAAUAAGUCAAGCAAGCAGAGCCUCCCAUAAACCCUCCUCCGCCCCUCACUCCAUGCUCCACCAUCUGUAUAUCUGAACGAAGUCAGUGAAAUUAGUAAAAAUAAUGGCUCUGCCAGCUGAUGCUUUACUAUUGUGUUUGGCUCCAUAACUUGCUCGCCAGGAGUCUGAUGUAAAGGCCGUUGAAAUUGAUGAGUCUUUCCAUGGACUUCAGCGGGCUUUGGCUCAGGCCCUAAGAGGCAUCCUCACCCCUGACAAAUGAGAUCCUGUCACAUGUCACCGAACCACCAGCGUUCAUCCCUAAAUAGCUACUCACCAGCUCUAGGUAGUCUGUCCAAUACUACAUAAGAUGAAGUAAUUCUUAAAUUAAUUGCAUAGCCCACAGCAGUGUGUGUGUUUGAGUAGUUCUAGAACAUCUCACAUGGUUUUAUAAUGCACAAGAUGAAAGGUUAGCUUCUUUAACUAUGGAAUUGGUGCACUCAUCUUUUGGGACAGUGGGUUUUGGUGUCUUAUUGCUAUUCUAAAAUGGCAUUUACACAUACACGUGGCCUGAGGAAAACCACUAGCCCCGUGUGCAUACUGGACAUGGCUAGGACCCUGAUGGUUGGUCAGGGAUCACUAAUUGUGUUUUCAUCUCCAAAGCUGUUUCUUAUCAAUAGGAAAUGAUCCUUCUUUCCUUCCUUCUCUAAUGUUGCAGCGUUAUGCAAGUCAAGUGACCUCAUUUUUCAGCUAUGCAAUAUUAACAUCUGUAACACAUGACAAGCCACUUGUAAUAUCCCCUAAAAUGCUGUUGAAGUUGUCUUACUGGAUGUGUGGUCUGUUUGUAUUAAUUCUGAGCACCUGAGCCAGAUCAUUUCAAAUAUUGCCUUUUUUAGGACUGAAAAUGUAGCUUUAGAGCUAACAAAUUCUAAUGUAAAUAUUUUUAUAAGAUAAUUUUUAAGAAUUUUUGGAUUACUUUUUAUUGUCCUUGAUGACGUUAUGUUCCAUUCUGUAUCAAAUUCUUACACUCUAAUGCAGUUCUUGCCAGCUGUGAUGUGGGUGUGAAUUUGAACAUUUUCUGCACAAGAAAUGUCAGCGUUGUAACUAAGGUGGGAUAAAUUCUCUUUGCUCUCAUGUUAAUUCUAACACAUUAAAAGGAUACUGCUGGGUUCAACAUUAUGAAUUUAAAAUGAUUUCAUUACUUCAAUUGCUAAGAACAACAUCGUAGAUUAUUAGUUGUUUUUUUGAAGAAUUUUAAAUGGCUAAUUCAACUUUCUCCUUUUCUGCUGUGGAUUUAAUCUUUGCUGUUCACUCAGCUCAGACAAGGAAACCAGGCUGACUCUGGUCAGUUUCAUUUUCAGUCUCAUUCUUAUGAACUGAAUGCUGCAGUUGAUUGGGUUGUAAUGUCAAGAGAUGUGUUUGAGCCCAAACCUAAUUAUGAAAGCAAAUCUGAUAACUGCAGGAGGUUAUGCAAGGCUCUUUUUAUUUCUUUCCAAGCUGAGCACUGAUCCCUUUGCAGGGUCAGGGCCUUAGGCCUGGUCUACACCUAAAACUUAGGUCAACCUAGCUGUGUUGCUCAGGGGUGUGAAAACCUCAUACCCCUGAGGAAUGUAGUUAAGCUAUCCUAACCUCUGAUGUGGACACCACUAGGUCAGUGGAAAAAUUCUUCUGUCAGCCUAGCUACUGCCUCUCAAGGGGUUGGAUUUACUACAGUGACUGAAAGCUUGUAGCUGUGCCACUAAAAUGUUUGUAGUUUAGAGGUACCCUUGGAUUCCCUAAGGGUGGCUUGUUGGGACCCCAGUGAGUGAGGAAGCCUUCUUUGGAUCUAGGAUGUAUACACAGAACCUAACUGCUUUUCCUGCAGACAAAUGCCUGUCAAGAUGUUUAUGUGCAAAUGCAAAGUCACUUCCAACAUAAUUGGUUGCCUAAAGUCUUCGGUUGUUUUUUAAAGUGAGUUUUGAAUCAGCUCCAAAUUUUCUAUUUGGGACCAAUAGGUAAUUUGGGGUGAUCAAAACCAAUUUUCUGUUAGUUUUAUCUAGAUCCUUUUUCUAUAUAUAGUGGUAAAGCUCUGUAAUGACCAUAAAGACACUUGGCAAUGUUGCAUGACAAUGCAAUGAAAGCUGACUACUGUUCUCUUGUUUGUGCUAUUUGAAGACCAAAGUAAACCAUUCAGCAAUUUGUGAUGCCUACUGAUCAAACAGGAGCAAUGGCUAAACAGCACGCUCCAUUUUAUGGUUUAAAUUUUUGGGUGGAUUCAUAUCUAAUAUCAGGGCUCUUACACCAUUGAUUUUAACAGAGACACACACAAUGGGAUGGGCGGAUAAAUACUAUCCGUGUUAGGAUAAUCUAUUGCUCCAGACUACAGUAUUUGGGAAUAUAUCAUGUAUUAUAGUGUGGAAGUAAGCUAAAUGAAUUCAUUAAUCUUUUCUAUUCUUAUCUUUGGUCAUGAGAUCAUAAAUUAUUUUAUGUCCCUCUGCAGUGGCAAAAAGGAAAUGUUAAGGUUUAAUUUGUAUGUUUUUUUAGGUGUAAAAUAAUUUUACAAUAAUGGAAGAGCGUGAAAGAGUUUAUCUGGAUGCAGAGUUUUGUUUUUGUAAAACAGACUGUCAGGAUAAUGGCUGAUGCUGCAACACAGUCAGCUGGUUGAUUCCUUAAACCUGUCUUUAUUUUUUUUUUGCAUAGGUGUCAAGGACCAAAUCUCUUGUGAAGUGAUUCACUUGACAUGUGUCUUGUCCAUUUUGGCAAACAACUCAAGAAAUGGUUUUCAUAGAAACACUUAGAACUUUAACAGGAAAUUACAUUAUAGUUUCCAAUACACUUGCUUU